CGGAAGUGUUCUUGUUAAAAUCCUAUCUAAUCUGUGUCUAUUGCCCACUGGACACUGGUGAGGGUCAGCAGGACACCGGUCGUUACAGCAGGCACAUGUUUACUAUAUAUAGACUCAGCCGCGCUUCCAUUCGAGACCACUCUAGUUGUUAGUUUCAACAAAUCUGAGUAACGAGUUUCCUUAAACUUUUAGUGUCAAUGUUUGGUUAAACAGCAGUAGCUUUCAAAUAACUGAGUACGGCUGUUCAAUUGGGCCUCUUUCUCUGCUUGCUUUGCUUGUAGCAAAUUCUCACUUCACGAGAUGAAUUGAGAUAGGAAUGGUUGAAAUUAAUGCCGAGCAAUUUUUUUACGCCUUCAUAUAUAUGUAUAUAUAUAUAUAUAUAAUGGUCUCCUUUACAUACGAAUUAAUGAGAUAUGGCUGCGACCUUUAAGGAUUCCUUAAUAGGGUCUCAACAGUCUCAAAAUGCAAUCGAAUUGAAAGAAACGAAGCCCAAAGAAUUUCAUACUUUUAUAGUGAGUCAACCGCGAGCUGCAGAUUCGCAUACGCUGUCAAGCCUUCGUGCGCAAUCCACUGAGAGUCCUGAAAACGAAAAACUUCUGCCUCCAAUGAAAAAUGUUGUCUUGAUUAUCAUCAAUAACUUUCUGUCAUGUGUAUCCUUUAACAUUGUUAUUCCAAUUUCGGCUGAGUAUUCGCGGCAUCUGGGUGGUACAUCGUCCUUUUCAGGUAUUAUUAUUGGUACGCCAACGAUUGUUGCCCUGUUGCUGCUUUAUCCAAUGCUGAAGUUUUCCCUUGCCAAGAAUGGACGCAUGAUUUAUAAACGACCAAUCAUUGUUUGUGCCAUUGGAAGCAUUCUUGGUCAUGUCCUGUACUCGUUAGCUGACUACGUCAAUUGGUUGUAUCUUAUUCUGAUUAGUCGGCUUUUCUUUGGAGUUGCUUGCACAAUGUUUUUGUAUCAUAAGCGCUAUGUGACCGAUAAGACACUUGUCAGUCCUCGCUAUCGCACACCGUUGGCGACUUGCACUACGUUGGCUCAAGCAAUGGGAAUGUGCGUUGGUCCAUUUCUUGGCGGCCUUUUGAGCAAGGCUUCUGCGCAUGCGCGCAAUCGUGUCUGGGAUAAAUUCACUUCGGGAAACUGGAUCAUGGCCAUUGUUUGGCUUGUGUAUCUCAUUGUCGCUGCUUUCUUGUUCAAGGAUGACUUGGAGACGAGUUACACUGACACAACAGUCGAUCAAUCUGUAAUUACAGAUGCCGAUCAGAACUCUCAGCGAUUGACUAAAAAUGGCAUGUUUACGAUGUUUGUCGUUAGCUGGAUUACAUUCACAUCUAAUUUCACACUAGUGGGAUAUCUCUCAAGUAUUCCCGUUUACACAAGUGAGCUUUACGGCUACUCAACAUUUCAGGCUGGAAACUUCAUUGCCCUGAACUUCUUACUAAUUUCACCACUCGUUUUAUCUGUUACGUUUCUUUCACGACACAUUCAGGAUCGCAUUAUUUCCCUGGGAAGUUUAAUCGUUCUCCUAUUUGGCCUGUUUCUGCAUUUAAUCAUUCACGAAUGCAAACGCGAGUACCUUAUACCUUACUUCAUCGCGUGUCUCAUUAUCUUAUUUAGUGGAAAUGUUGUCGGUUCGCCAUCUGUAUCUCUGUUGACUAAACAACUUCCGCCGAAAUUCCAUGUACGGGGAAACGUUGCUGUACAAAUUGCCAUUUCUCUGUCCGACACUCUAGGUGCAAUAUUUGGAGGUGCAAUUUCUGCAAUAAAGUUCAUUCCAGUCUUUUUGGUCUGCUUUCUUAUCAAUGCCUUGGGAAUGGUAUUCUUACUGUGCAUAUGGACCUCUAUUAAACAGAAGGUCACUUAGACAUCCGCUUCACAUUACCGGCUAUUGUGAAUUUAAUGAUCGAGAACCAUUCGUUAAUGAAUAAUACUUAAUUUUGAAACAAAAAACAUGAGUACUCUAUCUCGUAUUUGUUCGCUGCUCAACGACCAUUGCAAACGAAACAAACUGGCGUCUAUCUAUUUAUUCUUUAUUACGGGCAAACUAACUACAGACGACGGCAAGUCCAGUGGAGAUCAACUCCGUGAAGGAAGGGCACCAAGCAACCCUCAAACAUUUCCGGGAGCACAUUCGAUUCUUUUUUCAAGAUAAGUUCCUUGGGCAAGUCACUACUACUGAUACCGUAGAACUCGCGUCCAAAACGACAGGCAAAACCUUCGAGCUUGUCGAGAGCGUUCUGUUGAUCAAAAAUGAAGGCAAGAUACGAUGCUAAGUAGGGCUGAGUGAAAAUUCCAGCAGCCGGAGGGUUGGCCAGCUUUUUCUCCUUAGGGUGAGGAGCGGAAUCACUACCAAGGAAAAAUUUGCUAUUACCACUAGUAGCAGCCUUUAGCAGAGCCUGACGAUCCUCUUCCGUCUUCGCGACGGGUUUACAAAAAGAGAAGGGGUCAUGUUCCCAAUCAGAAUGUGUGAUAAGUAAAUGAUGAGGAGUAAUUGUUCCUGCAACGCUAUUGCCGCAGGCAAGAACCGUAUCAAUGGCUUCUUUCGUGGAGCAAUGCUCCAAAAUGAUUUUCAAUUUUGGAAAUUGUUCAUGAAGCUUACGGAAAGUAGGCAAAAACUGCUUCUCAGCAGUCAUAACAGAACCACCUUCCUGGCUAGGAGGAACCUCGCCGUGGAUGUUGAGAACCAUACCUGUUUCUUGCAUGGCCUGAAACGUAGGGUAGAACGGCUCGUAGCUUUCGACGCCGACAUCAGAAUUUGUUGUAGCACCUUUGGGAUAUGAUUUAACACCUCUAAUUCCGGCCUUUGCGGCGGCGUAAAUAACCUCUGGCGUAAUCUCUGGACACAAGUAUAAAGACAUUAAGUAGGCAGUCUUCGGGUCCAACGACUCGAUUUCCUGUUUGUACUUCAAACAGGCAUCCACGCUAUUGAUAGGAGGAACAGUAUUGGGCUACGUCGUAAGUAAAUUGUAAACAGGGAUGGGAGCCGUUGAACAACAGUUUCAAACAAAUUGGUCAUACCAUAACAUAGGCCACAUUAGUACCGCCAAGACGAACGCCAGGAACGGUGCUUUUCAUGAACUCUCCUUGACGGAGAUGAACAUGCAUAUCAGCCAAACUGGGCAGUUCUAAUGUUUCCAUACGAGGUUACUUCGAGAUAGAAGUGGUGGUACAGUUUAUGAUGAAGGUAGAACAGCAGUCGAAGGGAAAUCAGUGAGUCUUAAUCCGUUAUCGUAAAACCUUAAAACAGCAUAGCGACUAGGGAGUAAG